AUGAACUCGACCCCAGACCUCUAUCAAACAAUUGCCAGACUCCAUCUAGGAAAGGCGCGUAAACAAUCAGUCUCUUUUACCCUUAGAGAGCAGAAGAUAACUCAAGAAGCUAUGGAGAGCGCAACCGGCAGCAAUCUGACUCCCUCGUCAAAAGCACUUAGUGAAGAUGAUAAAGUUCUUGUCAGGGACACGUGGAGGGAAGCGACAAAGCCAGAAAGAGAGGCCGGACAAAAAUUGUUCAAAAGGAUAUUUCAAAUCGCUCCCGAAGCCCAGGACUAUUUCUCCAGCUCCGACUUAGAGAGCGACGAAUUCCAAGGUCAUAUCACGUCAGUUAUCAGUACCUUAGAUAAAGCUUUACAAAAUCUAGACGACCUAACCCCUUUACUACCUACUCUGGAGAGACUGGGAACAAUUCAUGCCAACAUGGGAAUAAAAAGACAGCAGCUUAACGUAGUGAAACAAGCAUUGCUGUUCACACUUUCCCAAGAAUUACGAGAGCUCUUCACUGAUGAAUGCCGCAAAGCCUGGGAGCUGACAUUCGACAUUUUGGCGGAUGCCAUGGCGACAGGAAUGGUUGCUAAUAGUAACGAUGACUAGUCAGAAUUUGCGAGAACUUUCUCGCAACUGAAGUCAACGAACUGUAAAAAGCGAAAAAGUUUGGAAACCACACUUAUUGAGGAAAGUUAGUGAGGUAACAUGUCAGGUUAAAGCAGCUCUGAAACUCAUUCUA